AUGGUGGAUUUGAAGAGGCGGCCAGAAUGGCAACCUCGUGGUGUCGGACGCCGGCGACUGCGACGCCGUGACGAGCAGGAGAGGAUUCGCGGAGGCGCUCACGUCGGAUCAUCGAGCUUCUCGUCCGGAAGAAAAGGAGCGAAUCGAGGCCCUCGGCGGUUACGUGGAUUGCUACAAGUGUGUUUGGCGGAUUCAGGGGUCUCUUGCCGUGACGAGAGGGAUCAGAGAUGGGCAUCUUCAGGAGUUCGUGGUUGCCGAGCCGGAGACAAAAGUUGUGCUGAUUCAAUGAGAUUGGGAGUUCCUGAUAUUGACCUCCGAUUCGUUGUGGGAUAA